AAAUAGCAAACAUGAAGUUCGUCAUUGCCGUAGUCUUGCUUGCUUUGGCUUUGGGAGCCAACUCUUCAGUUCUUCCUUGGGGACCAGUUGUUGUCGGUGGUCCCUUACCCGGUACAGUUGUACUAGGUGCACAUCCCCCCGCCGCUGUUACAGUUGCUGCACACCCCCCUCAGGUUGUUGUCGGUCCUGGACCAGUACAAGUUGUCUCCGGCCCUCUUCCUGGCGUUGUCCCCGCCCCAGCUGUGGUCGCUGCUCCUGCUGUUGUGCCAGCUCAUAGUGGUACCUUUGUUGCCAAGACUCGUGGUGCUGUACAUGUUGCUCCAUUGGCCGGUCAUGCUCAAUCUGUUGCCUCCGUUAACCUACAACCUGCACCAGGAACCGUUUAAAUUCCAUCUGUGUAAAAAUUAGAAU